AUGAGCAAUUCUCUCUUAUUCGUCGGUCUGUGCUCCUUGAUUGCCUUAUCUCAGGGUGACAGUCCGCACAUCCGAGGCGUAUUCGACAAGAUCACUGACUUGAGUGGUUCUGUCUAUACUCCCGAUGAGCACUCUGAACAUUUCUCCCGCUUCAAAGAUCAGCUGGAUGAGGUGCUUCUGAAGGAAGAACUACUAACUGACUCCUUGAUUGAGCUCUUCAACAACACUGAGCCGGCUUUAUUGCAAUCCAUGGUUGGCAAAAUCAACUCGAUGCAGCAGUCGUGGACGGCUUCCAAAGAUCAGCCACCUUUCAAGGGUACGCGAUGA